CAGUCAGCUCUCAGCGGCCAUAGCAACCGUCACCAUGAUCAAGUUCGCCGUUCUCUCCCUGUUCGUGGCCGCUGCUGCUGCCAGCGGAGGUGGCCAGAGCCACGUCCACGUGUCAACUGCCACGCCGUACGGAAGCUCGUCGUACGGAUCUGAAGUGUACCACCCUCAGUACGUGUCCGGUGGAUACGGUGGAUACGGUAAAUUCGCUGGAGGAUCCGGUCGGAUCUACGCCCAGGGAGAAGGGAUCGGACUCAGCCAGGGUGGUGGAUACGGCGGUGGAUACGGUGGAUACGGACAACAAGGAUACGGACGCGGCGGACUCAGCGGAUACCAGUACGGAUACAGCGCUGACGUCGGAAACGGAUACGGACAGGGCGCCAUCGGAGGUGGAUACGGCGGACCCAUCGGCGGACCCAUCGGCGUAGCUGGUGGAUAUGGUAGCGGAUAUGGAAUUUAUUAAAACAAAAUUGUGAUCUGAACACUCUCAUACUGCCACAAUCAAAUGUUUCAGGAUAUUCGUAAUCUUGCAAAAGUGUGCAUGCUUCAAUGUUUCUCAUAGCUACGAUAAUACGAUAAUACAUUGCCACGACUA